AUGGAGACCAUCGACCUAGUCGUCAUCGGUUCAGGCCUCUUUGGCCUCGCCAUGGCCAAAACCUACCACCAACUCCACCCCACCCUCACCCUCGCCAUCUUUGACAAAGCCGAAACCAUAGGCGGCGUUUGGGCCGAGGAACGCCUCUACGACGGCCUACGUACCAACAACCUCAAAGGAACCUACGAAUAUCUCGACUACCCCAUGAGCCCCGAACUCUUUGGGGUCAAACCCGGGGAGUACAUGACCGGUCCUGUAAUGCACAAGUACCUCUCCAGCUAUGCCGAGGCGUUUGGCAUCAAGGAUAAAAUCCGGCUUCGGCAUACGGUGUUGGAGGCUGCGCAUCAGGAUGGAGUAGAGGGUGGGUGGGUGUUGACGGUGCAAAGUCCCGAUGAAGGAAUGACGAAGAAGCAAGUGUUUGCCAAGAAGAUGGUGAUGGCGACUGGACUGACGUCCGAGGCGUUUUUGCCGGAUUUCAAGGGGCAGGAAACGUUUGGGGCGCCGCUGUUUCAUAGUAAGGAGUUGAAGAGGUAUGAGGGGACGUUGGAGGGGGAGAUAAAGGUUGUCACGGUGCUGGGGGGAACAAAGUCGGCUUGGGAUGCGGUGUAUGCGUAUGCGUCGAAGGGGAUCAAGGUUGACUGGGUUAUUCGAGGCGAUGAGAACCCAGAGAGCGGGCAUGGACCGGCGUGGAUGGCGCCAUCGUUUGUUACGCCUUUUAAGCUAUGGUUGGAGGCGUUGGUUCACACACGAAUUUUGACAUGGUUUUCGCCAUGUAUCUGGGGAGCUGCCGACGGCUACUCGCUGAUCCGGAGGUUUUGGCACGGAACAGCCAUCGGACGAGCAGUCACCAAUGCAUUCUGGUGGGUCUUGGGAAACGACGUCAAGACCAUCAACAAAUACAGUUCGCAUCCAGAGAUCAAGAAGCUCGAGCCAUGGUCGCCGGCCAUGUUCGUUGCCUCGAGCUUUUCCAUCCUCAACUUCCCAUCUGACUUCUUCGAUCUCAUCCGCAAAGGCACCGUUAAUAUCCACAUUGCCGACAUCACAAGGUUGUCACCAAAAGCGGUGCAUCUUUCCAACGGAUCCCAGCUGGAAACCGAGGCCUUGUGUUGUGUCACGGGGUGGAAGCACGUACCGCCUGUGAAGUUUCUCCCAGAGGGCAUCGAGAAGGAGCUAGGGCUGCCUCAUUCCCUGGACGGUGACGCUGAACCGAUUUUUUCGGACGAAAUGGUGGCGCGAGCAGAUGAGGAAAUUCUCUCGAAAUUUCCGCGACUCAGGUACCAACCGAUUAUCAACAAGAGAUACAAGCCCAUGACGGAAACAGAAGGCCUGUCAACGAGAGAUGAGACUAUUUCCCAGGCCCGCCAAACUCCCUGGACUCUCUAUCGGUUCAUGGUGCCGCCCUCGCCGCGGUUUCUGGCAACGAGAGAUAUCGCUUUCAUCGGUUGUUUUUGUAGCUUCUCUUCUGGGCUCUCUGUUUAUCCCCAGGCACUCUGGAUCUGCGCGUUUCUCGACGAUAAGUUGCCCCUGAGCGUGAUGCCGUCCAGAAAAGCUUUGCUUGAGGGGAACUCGAAGCUCAAGAACGAGGCGGUGGGCGAGAAGGGGAAGACCGUGGAGCAGGUGCGAUACGAGACGGUUCUCCAAGCACGAUUUGGGAAGUGGCGUUAUCCGGCAGGUCAUGGACACCAGUUCCCCGACUUUGUGUUUGAUGCGUUGCCGUAUAUUGACUCGAUGCUUGGUGACCUGGGAUUGAAGAUUCACCGGAAGAAGAGCUGGUUGGCCGAGAUGACAGAACCGUAUGGACUCGAGGACUACAAGGACAUUGUCAGCGAGUAUGCAGAGAAGUAUGAUGGGAGGAUGUGUGCUUGA